AUGCCUCUUAAGUUAUUUCGCGACUGUUGUCCAUGUUUAAAGAAUCGAGGCAAGAAUAAUGGGGAUGACACUAAACUGAAGGGUGGUAAGGGUGAUGGGCAAGAAACUAAGACUGAACUGAACGUCUUUGAGAACCCGGCAGUGGCAGCAGAUUCCAGCUCGUUGUACGAGUCUGCAGAAGUACUGGAAGAUGAAAAUUUGGGGAUCUAUAAGGCACUGUAUUCCUUUGACGCUCGAACGGAGGAAGAAAUGUCUUUUUUUGAAGGCGAUGUAUUCAGGGUAACUGAGUGGCUAGAGGACUGGUUGAGAGCUGAGAAGCUUGUCAAUGGAGUGGUCGUCAGCAGCGGUCUUGUACCAAACAAUUACCUGGUCAAGGAACAUGUGAUGGAUAGUCAACCGUGGUUUGUUGGAAAGCUAAAUCGGUUUGAGGCCCAAAAGCUUCUUCAGAGAACUGAGAAUGUUGAUGGGACUUUUUUGGUACGGCGCAGCGACAAGGAUGACGUUGGAUAUGUCUUAUCUGUGAAGGUUGGUGCUAAUGUGAAGCAUUUGAGGAUUGAUGAGGGAGAAGAUGGACAUUUCUAUGUGGCGAAGAAUCAGACCUUCCCCACUGUGGAGGCCCUGGUCAACUACUACAGCAGCCACUCCAUAGGCAACCAGUACAAACUCACAGAACCCUGUGGACGGAGGAAGCCAGAGGUGCAGAACCUGGUCCAUGUUGCAGAGGACGAGUGGGAACUUCCCAAGAGUGAGUUCACCCGCGAAGGGCAGCUGGGCUCGGGCAACUUUGCAGAUGUGUACCGGGGGAAGUGGAAAGGCGGGAUAAAUGUUGCCAUCAAGAUCCUAAAAAAGAAUGAUGCUCUGGACCACCGUGAGUUCCAGCUGGAAACCCAGAUGUUGAAGAAACUGAAACAUCGCCACCUCAUCUCGCUCAUUGGCAUCUGCACAGAGUCUUUACCCUACUACAUCAUCACUGAACUCAUGGAGAAGGGAAACCUACGUGACUUCCUGAAAGGGCCAGAGGGGAAGGUGAUGGACGUCACUUCCCUCAGAGAUCUGGCCUUUCAGGUGUCAGAUGGCAUGGCCUAUCUAGAGUCAGAAAACAGCAUCCACAGAGACCUGGCGGCCCGCAAUGUCCUAGUAGGAGAGGGAAACAUCUGCAAAGUGGCAGACUUUGGUUUGGCCAGAGUAAUCAAGGAGCCGUUUUACGUGUCGGAUGAGAAGAAAAUCCCAUAUAAAUGGACUGCUCCUGAAGCACUCAGCCAUGGGAGAUUUUCCAUCAAGUCAGAUGUCUGGUCAUUUGGCAUUCUGCUCUAUGAAAUCUUCACGUAUGGAGCCAAACCAUACGCAGGUUUUAACAAUGGGGAAAUAUAUGAUCAGAUCAUGACUGGGUAUCGGAUGGCACGCCCAGGUAAAUGUCCUCAGCCUAUUUACGACAUAAUGAAGAAGUGCUGGAGCGAAUCACCAGAAGACCGACCCAGCUUUAAGGAACUCCAAUCUCAACUGAAGCCCGACAACUACAUAGAGAGGAGCCCAGAGACCGUUGUCUAG